AACAAACAAAACCCCAGUACCCCACCCGCUCCCUCUCUCUCUCUCGAUCUCUCGAUCUCUAUAUAUCUCGCCACAUAAUAAAUAAAUCAAAACGCAUAGCUUUGUCUCUUUCUCUCCGACGACUUGAGGAGAGUUUCUUGUUUCUCUGUGCGUCUUUGUCACUCUCCACGACGAAAACCGCAGCAGAACACAGAUACAGAACUUGUGAAAAUGGCCACUCUUAACCAUAUCUCUCCCAGAUUGUCCACGAAGGAUCCUCGCGCUUUAUCUUCAUCCAGGAAUCUGAGCAAUAGUUCUCUUUCCGAUUCCACAAUUACUCGGACCAGAUGUUUCAAUCAAUUUCAAAAGCGAGUUUGUGAUGUUAGAUCCAUGGCGGUUACCGAGCAGAAUCCUCAGAAAGGUUCACUUGCAUCUGCAAAUGGUUCUUUGACUACUGCUGCUGACAAGCUGAACUCUCCUGUCGAGCUUCUCACUAGAAGUCAGAUUCUGGGACGGGAAAACACAAAUUCAAAUGCCCAAAGAAAAACAAAAAUAGUCUGUACGAUUGGUCCUUCCACAAGCUCACGUGAAAUGAUAUGGAAACUAGCAGAAGCUGGCAUGAAUGUCGCUCGCCUAAAUAUGUCACAUGGAGAUCAUGCAUCCCACCAGAAAACUAUCGACCUGGUUAAAGAAUUUAAUGCUCAAUCUGAUGACAAGGUUAUCUCUAUAAUGCUAGACACCAAGGGUCCUGAGGUUAGAAGUGGGGAUGUACCUCAACCAAUUAUACUGAAGGAGGGACAGGAAUUUAAUUUCACUAUCAGAAGAGGAGUAAGCACAGAGGACACUGUUAGUGUAAAUUAUGAUGACUUUGUGAAUGACGUUGAGGUCGGGGAUAUACUGUUGGUGGAUGGUGGAAUGAUGUCAUUAGCUGUGAAGUCAAAGACAAACGAUUUGGUUAAAUGCACAGUAGUUGAUGGUGGAGAACUAAAAUCCAGGCGUCAUUUAAAUGUGCGCGGAAAAAGUGCAAAUCUUCCUUCAAUUACAGAUAAAGACUGGGAAGAUAUCAAGUUCGGGGUGGACAACCAAGUUGAUUUCUAUGCUGUCUCCUUUGUGAAGGAUGCUAAAGUGGUCCAUGAAUUGAAAGAUUAUCUCAAAAGAAGCAAUGCUGACAUUCAUGUGAUUGUAAAAAUUGAAAGUGCUGACUCUAUACCAAAUCUUCAUUCAAUAAUUUCUGCAUCAGAUGGGGCAAUGGUUGCUCGUGGAGACCUUGGUGCUGAACUUCCAAUUGAGGAAGUUCCUUUGCUGCAGGAAGAAAUCAUUAGAAGGUGUCACAGCAUGCAGAAACCAGUGAUUGUAGCAACAAACAUGCUGGAAAGUAUGAUUAAUCAUCCCACACCAACCAGGGCUGAAGUUUCAGACAUAGCAAUUGCAGUACGUGAAGGUGCUGAUGCAGUCAUGCUUUCUGGAGAAACUGCCCAUGGAAAGUAUCCACUGAAAGCUGUCAAAGUCAUGCAUUCAGUGGCUCUUAAGACAGAGUCAAGUCUUCCAGUCAACACAACGCCUCCUGCUGAUGGUGCCUAUAAGGGCCAUAUGAGUCAGAUGUUUGCUUUCCAUGCCACAAUUAUGGCCAACACUCUCAAUACACCCAUCAUUGUCUUCACAAGAACAGGAUCAAUGGCUAUACUUCUAAGUCAUUAUCGACCUUCAUCAACAAUAUUUGCCUUCACAAAUGAAGAGAGGAUUAAGCAGAGACUAUCAAUGUAUCGGGGUGUCAUGCCAAUAUAUAUGCAGUUCUCAAGUGAUGCAGAGGAAACCUUCUCUCGAGCAAUCACACUAUUAUUGAACAAAGGUCUCUUGGUGGAAGGAGAGCAUGUCACUCUUGUUCAGAGUGGAGCGCAACCAAUCUGGCGUCAAGAAUCUACUCAUCACAUUCAAGUUCGCAGGGUCCAGAGCUGAUUUGCACCAGUAAAGCUUUUUAUGAGACAGAUUUUUUUUUUUUGAAUUGCAGACAGAUUUUUUUUGGGUAUCUUAUAUUUGUAUAAAACUAACUAGUUAUUGUUUAAUAAACAGUUGUGACUUGUUGUUCCAAGUAUUAAUUUGAAAAUUCUGUUAAGUUUGAUAUCCA